AUGGUCACUCCCUUCCACCUGGUGGCCACGUUGGUCGCCGCCCAUGCAGCACUCGGCGCCGAGCUGUACGCACCCACUCUGCAGUUCAACUGGACACUGCGCCCCUUUGACGCACCCCUCAAGCUCUCUGGCUGGUCACCGUCAGACACUGCCAACCUCGGCGGCACCUGGACCUUGCCAUCGACCUCAAACACCGCUACGGCCUCGGUGCAGUUUAUCGGCACGGCCCUUUGGUACAACGGCGUGGGCAGCAACUGGGCACAGACAGACUCGAAUGGCAAUGCAAAGGUCGCGGGUUAUGCAAGUGUCGUGGGCGACCCGUCGUGGGCAGCCACGACGGCCGAGACCGACCUCCUCCAGCCUGCAAGUGCGACCGUGUUGUGGGAGCAUUCCACCCCGCGCUUCCAGACCUAUACCAUGAACAUUCAGGCAGUCUACGGCAGCUGGACGCUCGACUCGGCAGUAAUCGCAACCGGCUUGAACACUACCAAUUCCUCCAUCACCUCGCUUGAUGACGUUCCCAGGACAGUCGUCAACUUUGUCGGCAGCGACUCGCAGGUCAAUUCGACGUUUUACAACCUUACAGGACGCUGGGACGUCACCGAUGCUGCAGGCAGUCUCCCUCAACAUACCACUUGCUACGACGAUGCCGUUGCUCGUAUCGCCCUGCCUCCUGGUACCAGCUUUAUCGUCAUCAACGGCACCCGCUCGACGGCCUCGGGCAACUUGUACAUCAAGUUGGCCCCCGUCACCGACGAGUACGACCAGACCACCUACGUCGUGGACGCCAGCUUCCCCUACACCACCGACGCUAUUCUGUUCGUGCUCCCUAUCGACACUGCCGUAGCUCAGACUCUUAUUCUCGACUGCGUCCUGGAGGCACAGGGCCAGCAGGGGUUGACCAGCAUCACCUUUUACGGAUGGGACGGGUCCAAGGUCGCCAGCACCUCUACUGGACAGACAGGUUCCAGCUCGUCAAGCGGCGCCAACUCGUCCAGUGGCUCGACAACCGCGGGCGGUAGCGGCUCGUCUUCCAGCCCGGGCGCCUCCUCGUCGAGCUCGAGCGGGCUGUCGAAGAGCGCAAUCAUCGCCAUCGCCGUUGUCGUCGUGGUGGCUGUCCUGGCCGGUCUGCUGGCAUGGUGCCUCUUCGCCCGCCGCAAGCGGAGGGCCCGCAAGGACGUCGUCCCCGCGCAACACGCACAUGGGGUCCCAGCGUAUCAAAGCGGGGCUCUGGACGGCGAGAUCGACCCCAACGUGUACCCGACCCCGUACGCCUACCAGCCCCAGCAGCCAGCAACCCACUACUUUGACAAGCCCGGAGGUAACCCCAGCAACAUCCCGCCCCCGUCGUACGGCCAACCGCAUGUCGGCGGCAGCACGCCUGCAACGUUCAAGUAA